AUUACAUGAUAUCAACAAUGCAAAAUGGUGGAUGCCGAGCUCUUGUUGACUAAUAGGAGGUCGACACGGUGUUUCAUCGCAUCAGCAGACAUGUCUUCGUGCAUGAGAGUGGGAGUUUUGCUCCUCUGUCUGACAGUCUUUGUCAACGCCGUUGAUAGAAGCAACUUCAAGACCUGCGAGCAGAGUAGUUUCUGCAGACGAUGUCGUCAGGUCGAAGUUGGAAAAACUCCCUACAGUGUUCUCCCCAAAACAGUAACUCAAAAUGGUUCGACUCUUUAUGCAGAGGUCUUCAACAAGGACACAGGAGUGACUUUUGUCUUGCAACUGACAGCCCUGAAGGAGAGUACCUUACGAUUACACAUUAACGAAAAGAAUCCUCUCCACGAGCGUUACGAGGUGCAAGAUGCACUCCAAAAUCAUCCACAACAGGCUGAGCUGUCAAUAACAGAAAAUACCCCAGAUCAUGUGACAGUGACAAGUGGUACGAACAAAGCUGUUCUCCAAUUCUCUCCAUUCAGAGUUGAUGUGUACUCAGAUAAUCAGCUAGUGAUCUCGGCAAAUGCCAGGGGCCUCAUGAGAUUUGAGCACCUGCGAACAAAGCCUGUCAAUUCUGAGAGCAAAAGUGAGAGUCCAGAGGAUGGCCAGGGAUCACCAGCCCCUGAAUAUCCAGGAGAUGGUGCUGAUAACGAUCCAGGUGCAUGGGAGGAAAAUUUCAAAUCGCACCAGGAUUCUAAGCCAUAUGGACCCGAGGCGAUAGCUCUGGACUUCAGUUUUCCUGGUGCUGAGCACGCUUAUGGAAUACCUCAGCACGCUGAUCCAUUCGCCUUGCGAUCAACCAAAGGAACAGAUCCGUAUCGUCUCUACAAUCUGGAUGUCUUCGAGUACGAGACGAACGAGAAAAUGGCCCUGUACGGGUCAAUUCCAGUUCUCUACGCCCAUGGAAAGGACAGAACCAGUGGAGUAUUCUGGCACAAUGCUGCCGAAACGUGGGUCGACAUUCUCUCAAGUGCUGACAACAACGUGGUCGAGAGCAUUGUCAAUUUUGUCUCCAGAAAUGUGAAAGAACCCCAGGUCAAUGCCCACUUCAUGUCAGAAUCGGGUGUAAUCGAUGUAUUCUUUUUGCUGGGGCCCAAACCCCUGGACGCCUUCAGGCAGUAUACAAUUCUCACAGGAACAAGUCCUCUUCCCCAGAUGUUCGCUUUGGGUUACCAUCAGUCCAGAUGGAAUUACAAUGACGAACAAGACGUGGCACAAGUUGUUGAGAAAUUCGACUUUUACGAUAUUCCAAUGGAUGUGAUGUGGCUGGACAUAGAGUGGACUGACGGUAAAAAAUACUUUAUCUGGGACCCGAGAAAAUUCCCAAAUCCCCUGGAGAUGGUUGAGAACUUGACCAGCAAGGGACGAAAAUUAGUGACCAUCAUAGAUCCUCACAUCAAACGAGACGAUUCAUAUUAUAUUCACAAUGAAGCAACUGCCAAUGGUUAUUACGUCAAGCAUGCUGAUGGCAAGGACUAUGAGGGCUGGUGUUGGCCAGGUGCCUCUUCCUAUCUCGACUUUUUCGAUCCCAAAGUGAGAGAAUACUUCGGUGGUCAAUACGCCCUUGAUAAAUUUCACGGGACAACCAAUGACGUUUACAUCUGGAAUGACAUGAAUGAACCGAGUGUUUUCAAUGGUCCUGAGAUCACGAUGCCCAAGGAUUUGGUUCAUUAUGGUGGAUGGGAGCAUCGAGAUGUUCACAAUCUCAAUUGCAUGAUGUAUACACAAGUGACUUAUGAUGCACUCUACAAGAGAUCAGGGGGCACUUUGAGACCAUUUGUCCUGACGAGGGGACAUUUUGCUGGGUCCCAGAGGUCAGCUGCUGUUUGGACCGGUGAUAAUGCUGCUGAGUGGUCACACUUGAGAAUCAGUUACCCCAUGUGUCUGUCUGCUGGAAUUGCUGGAAUGUCAUUUUGUGGGGCUGAUAUUGGUGGUUUCUUCAAGAAUCCUGAUGCUGAGAUGUUUAUCAGGUGGAAUCAGGCUGGGGCUUGGCAAUCUUUCUUCAGGCAGCAUUGCCACAUGGAGAGCAAACGCAGAGAGCCAUGGACAUUCAAUGAUGAGACCACGCAGAUCGUCAGGGAUACUAUCAGAAUACGUUACUCUUAUUUGCCUUAUUGGUAUACGCUUUUUAGGGAGCACGAAAUCACUGGUUAUCCAGUUAUGAGACCACUUUGGGCUCAUUAUCCCACGGAGACUGCCACGUUUACUAUCGAUGAUCAUCAGCUUGUGGGUGAAGCUAUUCUUGUUAGACCUGUUUUUGAACCUUCUGUUACUGAGGUGACAGUUUAUUUCCCUGGGGAGGGGAAGGAUGUUUGGUAUGACGUUGAUACCAUGCAGGAGCACAAAACACCUGGGGCUAAUAGAAUUCCUGUUACUCUGCAUAAAAUUCCAGUCUAUCAGAAGAGUGGCACCAUUGUUCCCAGGAAAAUGAGAAUCAGAAGGAGUACUGUUGCUAUGAAAAAUGAUCCUUACACACUUGUUGUCAUUGCUGAUGGUGAUGGCAAGGCCAGUGGAAAAAUUUAUAUAGACGAUGAGUCGAGCUUUGAGUAUCGCCAUGGGAAAUAUGUCUAUUUGAGACUCAAUUUCGAUGGUAAAAUACUAAAGAGCCAGUAUAUUGAUAAGCUUGCCAACUUUGAAACUGCCAGUUGGCUGGAGAGAGUUGAUAUUGCCAAUCCACCGAAGGGAGUCAAGUCUGCGAAACUUACUUCACAGAGUCUGGGAACUGUCAGUUUGGAGGCCAAAUACAACACCAAUAACAACGUACUGACGUUACGUAAACCAAGUGUAAAUAUGGGUGAAGAGUGGUCCAUUGAACUCAUCAAUUAAUUUCAAUGUAAUCAAUUCAAUUUUAGAAUGUGUUUUUCUGCAGCGCUAAAUCUUCAGUUUGCUAUAAUGGCCGAGUUAUAUUACGUGUUGAAUUUUUUUUCCAUAAUUUUUCAUUUUUACUUUCUACGAAAAGUAGAUUAUCUUACUAAGGAUUUUUGAAUGGCAGUUGUGAGAAGAUUUUUCAUCAACGAAAUGAAACUAAAAGACCAAUAAAUAGAUAAACAAUGGAAAUUUUAA